UUCCGAACUAGUCUUCUCAUUUUAUACACAGAAAAAAUUACUAAUAUAUAGUUCUUGAGCAAUACAGCCUUGAUUAACUUUGACCUGGCCAUUCUCACUUUCUUAUCAUGCAUGAAAGGAAUCAAUUCAAUGCCGGCACCUGAUCAGAAAAAACACAGUGCAAAAGAUGACAAGCUUUAGUGCAGAGACAGCAUAUAGCGUUCAUUAUCCAGAAUUCAACUUGUCACACACGGUAACAGAAACUAGACCUUUUCAAUGAAUGAGACAGCAUGCAAAUACAAGCUUCCUAGCUCUCACUAUAAAAGCAGACAUAUAUUGUGUUCCAUAUCCACAGUACUUCUACUUCAAUAUCCUUAAUUACAGAGUUAAGCAAAUUAACUUGGUCAUCUUUCUGUUUAGUGUUUUCAGGCUUGAUAUAGUGUGACAUUAAUCUUGAGAGAGUUAAUUUCCAAUGGCCUUUAAGUUUCUGUUGUUGGCAUUCCUUGCCAUAAGUGCUUGUUCCAGUGCUUUGGCUUCUGACCCAAGUUCUCUUCAGGAUUUCUGUGUUGCGGACCCAACUGCAGGCUCAGUACCAGUGAAUGGACAUGUCUGCAAGGACCCCAAGGUUGUCGAAGCCAAUGACUUCUUCUUCAGUGGACUUCACCUAGCAGGCAACACGUCAAACCCUGCUGGUUCAAAGGUGACCCCUGCUAAUGUUGCCCAGAUUCCAGGACUUAAUACUUUUGGUAUCUCCCUAGUUCGUAUCGACUAUGCACCAUGGGGUAUCAAUGCUCCACACACUCAUCCUAGAGCUACUGAAAUCUUGACAGUCCUUGAAGGGAGCCUCCAAGUGGGUUUUGUCACCUCCAACCCCGAAAACAGACUUAUCACAAAGGUGCUUCAGAAGGGAGAUGUGUUUGUGUUCCCAGUAGGACUUGUGCAUUUCCAACACAAUGUUGGAAAUGUUAAUGCGGUUGCCAUUGCAGCUCUGAGCAGCCAAAAUCCAGGUGCUAUUACCAUUGCCAAUGCAGUGUUUGGAUCAAAGCCUGCCAUUUCUGCUGAUGUUCUUGCAAAGGCAUUCCAAGUGGACAAGGACACAAUCUAUGAUCUCCAGUCCAAGUUCUAGAUUCCAAGAUGGAGCUAGCUAUAAUUAAGUCGAAAGGGGUUGAAUAUUCCUUAAAAUGUGUGUGAUUUGUUUUGCAAAUUGUUGCAGUUGAUUUGUCAGUGUAACCACAUUGGAUUACUUCAAGAAGAUAAUUUGUUUGAACUCAUCUAGCAUUGUAACCAAAGUAUGUUAUUCAAAUAUUUUCUCUCAUUUUGUUGUUCAAGAAAUUAUACAGACUUGUUAA